AUGGUCACCCUAACCCCCGACACAAUCGACGACCUAAUCUACUCCGCGCGCGCCGGCGAGCUCCAAGACCUGCAAACGGACCUAACCACCCUAGCAACCCAGACCUCCACGACCCCGGCACACAUUAUCGCCGCAGCAAUCGACACGGCUCCUCAAGAAGAAGGUGGAAGUGGGUCGAGUCUGUUGCAUUACCCUGCUGCGAAUGGGAACCUAGAAAUCCUCACCUACCUCCUCACCACCCUAACCACCCUCCCCAGCCGACCAGAAAUCACCAAAGUCCUCAACCACCGGAACUACUCAGGAAACACGCCUUUGCACUGGGCGGCGCUGAACACGCAUCUGGAGUGUGUGAAGGCGCUGGUAGAGGCGGGCGCGGAUGUCGGGGUGAAGAAUGAUGCGGGGCUGGAUGCGGUGUUUUUGGCGGAGCGGGCGGAUUGGAAGACUCAGGAGGAUGGAGGGGAGGACGAGGAUGAGGAGGUUGAGGUGGAGAUUGGUGGCGAGGGUGGAGAGCAGAAACAGGAUGCUGGGGAGAUGACGAGGGGGAGACAGGUUGUCGAGUGGUUGUUGAGUUCGGAGAAGGCGGCGGAGUCGUUGGAGAAGGCUGCUAGUAAAGAUAAGGAUGAGAAGGAGGAGGGGGAGAAGAUGGAUACGACGAAUUAA